UCAACGGCAGCAGCAUAAUCAUCAGUUGGUUGGUGAUUGAAAUUCGCUGCGUACAGCAGCUGAUAACGCAGAAGUCGCUGACAACACGAGGAAAUCGGUGUAGAAAUUUUACCCAAAUCCCUCCAAUCAGAUCAAGCUCAGAGGAGUGCAAUCUUCUUAAUUGGGUAAAUCACCGACCCAAUUGGACUUUGAUCUGCAUACGCAACAUCUCCCUUCCUAGGCGUAAGUUUUAAGUUGAUUGCAAUGCUACCGCGUAACGUGCAAACUGUCCGCCGACUGGACGUGCUGAAACGGAUUCUAACCAGUGGCAGCUCCGUGGGAUCCCAGCGGGGAAGCUAUUUGCAGUGGAACCGAUUCGCUAGUAGCAGUAGCAGUUCAGCUACAAUCAAAAUCGAUGACGUCGAAAAGGUGAUCGUCCCCCCGCAGCAACCGGAACUGGUUCCCAAUGGCUAUGUCAACGUCCUGGAAUCCGGAGAAGCUCAGCUGUCGCAAACGCGACUACAUCACCUGCGGUGGAUGCUGCAGAAGGACAAUCUCGGUCAGGAUAUGAUUCUGCUGGGGCGCCCGGGAAACUUGAGGCGUAACCUGAUCAUGCAGUACUCGGAGCUGACCCGUCGGGAGGUUGAGUACAUUCUGCUGAAUCGGGACACCACCGAAAGCGAUCUGAAGCAGCGCCGAGAGAUUCAGGACGGUACGGCCAGCUACUACAACCAGAGUGCGGUACGGGCCGCCACCGAGGGACGCAUUCUGGUUAUCGAGGGGGUGGAGAAAACCGAACGCAAUGUGCUGCCAAUUUUGAACAAUCUUCUGGAGAAUCGGGAAAUGCAUCUGGAGGACGGGAGGUUUCUGAUUUCGGCCAAGAACUACGACAGCCUGUUGGAGCGCUUUAGCAAAAGUCAACUGGAUAGUUGGGGUUUGGUGCGAGUUUCCGAGGAUUUCCGAGUGAUUGCGUUGGGCCUGCCGGUGCCAAAGUAUCGAGGAUCGCCGCUGGAUCCACCUUUGCGAUCGCGCUUCCAAGCCCGCGACGUUAGCGAUCUGCCCUAUUUGGACAUCAUGACCGAACUGAAGCAACUGUCCGACAACCAGAACCCCGAUUUACUCACCAAACUAACUUCGUUCGGAUUCGGAGUGCUUUCGUCUGCCUCAGCUCUCCCAGAUUUCCCUAUCGACAACCUGCGCUACGCGGGAACGCUAAUCCGAAACAAUCCGGACCUGAGCGAGUUCGUACUGCUCUCGAAGCUGUAUCCCUAUCCGGUGUUUUUGGAGAAAGAGGGGAUCGGUCUAGUUCGGAGUUUGAUGGAAUCUUUACAGAUCACCCCGGAUAAGGUUCCGUCGACGGAAAUUUUAAGUGUUGAACCCAGUGGUGAAGCUCAACUGACGGUAAACCUCAAGGUCAACGGAAAAACUGUGAGCUACACAAUGCAGAAGGGUAAAUCGGAUACGCCAAUGGUUUCAACAAACUACAAAAAGACGAAUUACCAGCAGAAUUUGCUCGGAGAUUUGAUACAAACCAUAGCCGUGGCGGAUGUUUGUUUGGUGGGACCGAAGGGGUGCGGCAAAUCGAUAGUGAUGAACGAAUUGUGCAAUCUGCUGGGUCAACAGGUGGAAACUAUGGUCCUGUAUCAAGACAUGACGGCGCGGGAUUUGAUACAGAAGCGCACCACCAAGCUGAAUGGGGACACGGUUUGGCAAGACUCUCCGCUGCUGAUGGCAGCGUUGGCUGGACACGUAAUUGCGCUGGAUGGAAUCCAUCGGUUGCACCACAGUACCUUGGCUAUUUUGCAUCGUUUGAUCCAUGAUCGUGAAAUGCAGCUCUACGACGGGAGGAGGUUGAUGCGACAUGAUCGGUACGAUCGUUUGCUGGAAAUGGGAUUCACUGCUGAAGAUCUUACUGGACGAGGUAUUCUUCGGAUCGACCCAGCAUUCAGGAUUAUUGCGAUGGCAGAGCCGCAUCAAAAAACGGGUACCAACUGGAUAACGGCUGAAACGUUGAACCUGUUUCUGUUCCACGAAAUUCGCGGUUUGAGUCAAGAGGAAGAAUUUAACGUGAUUGAUUCUCUGUACGGGCCGCUGGACGAUACAAUGCAACAGAUAUUGAAGGUUGCCCAUUACCUUCGAAGCGCACAGGAUUCGACAAUGCAAAAUUUGGGUAGUAAUCUGUCGACAAGACAACUGUUAAGAAUAGCUCGUAGACUCCACCAAUACGGUGAACAUCUGAGCGAUCGUUCUGCCUACAGUAUUCUGCACAACACAUUUUUAACCAAGUUUAUGCCAAAUCUUCCGCGAAGUGUACUUGAAAAUGCCUUAAAAACUUGUAGAGUAGCCCCCGGAAAAGAGCAACGAGCUGAAGACGUAACGGUGUCCACGGAAGAUGGAAUUCUAAAAAUAGGUAAUACAUCGGUACCGAUCUACCAAACCGAAGCUGUUAGCAAGGUUCCGGACAUCGUUUUCUAUAAUGUACCUCAACAUAUCAAGCUGAUGGAACGACUUCUGCAAGAUUUCACUCUUGGAGAGCAUCUUCUGUUAGUAGGAAAUCAAGGUGUUGGUAAAAACAAGAUAGCUGAUCGCUUAUUGCAGCUCAUGAACAGACCCAGAGAAUACAUUCAACUGCACAGGGAUACCACGGUACAGUCAUUAACGCUCCAGGCGAGUAUUCGAGACGGCAAGAUCAUCUACGAGGAUUCCCCGCUGGUGAAAGCCGUCAAAAACGGUCACGUCCUUGUGGUAGAUGAAGCGGACAAAGCCCCCAUCCACGUGACCUGCAUCCUCAAAACCUUGGUCGAGAACGGAGAAAUGAUGCUAUCCGACGGUCGAAAAAUAUGUCCACCGGCCAAGGGAACUCCUCAGGCUAAUGAUAAACUGAUCUACACCCAUCCAGAUUUCCGUAUGAUCGUUCUAGCCAAUCGGCCAGGCUUCCCAUUCCUUGGAAACGACUUCUUCGCUGCCCUCGGUGAUCUGUUCUCCUGUCACGCCGUUGACAAUCCUUCACCGAGUUCAGAAAUCUACCUGCUUAAACAAUACGGACCAGAUGUCCCGGAGAAAACAAUCCGCAUACUGGUGGACGCCUUCUCCGAGUUACGUGACAUGGCUGACUCCGGUAUCCUCAACUACCCGUACUCUACCCGAGAGGUGGUCAACAUCGUUAAGCACCUUCAGAAAUUCCCAACCGACAACAUGGCCGAGCUCAUCGGAAACGUUCUGGACUUCGAUCGCCAUACACCGGAAACGCUGGAUCAGGUAACGAACAUCCUUCUGAAACACGGUCUAGAAAUUGCUCCGUACGCCAAAAACGAACUGGCGGCCUUGAGGCGUCAACGGGAAAUUCAGAUGACGAUCAAGAGCCACAGUGGGAAAGACGUUUCCGGACCUAAACACGGAAAAGUCGAUCCCAACAACGAUCCGCACGUGGGAGGGAACACUUGGGCCGGUGGAUCGGGUGGUCGUGACACCGCGGGACUUGGAGGCAAGGGAGGUCCCUAUCGGCUGGAUUCGGGUCAUAAAGUCCAUCAGCUUUCGGACGCGGAAAAGGACGACAUACCAGAGCAUGUGAAGAAGGCCGCCAGGGAAAUGAACCGGAAGGCGUUCGAGGAUAAGUUGAGGGAAAUUCAAAUGAGUGGGUAUGACCAUAAGGUUUACACCGAGUUCAGUGGCCCAGUUCAAAAGCAGGUUCAACAAUUGAGAGUCAUCUUGCAGGCGUUACAAGCCAAGAGUAAGGAACGCCAGUGGCAGAAGCAUCAAACUUCCGGAGAGAUGGACGAUACGAAGUUGGUUGAGGGAAUCACCGGUGAGAAAAACAUCUACAAAAAGCGAGCCGAACAAGAACCGGAACCAGGACAGCCACAGGAGAAACCUAAGCGGCUAAAACUGGUGGUUGAUGUUUCCGGUUCCAUGUAUCGCUUCAACGGAUACGACGGACGACUGGAUCGACAGCUCGAAGCCAUGGUCAUGGUUAUGGAGGCCUUCGACGGGUUCGAAACCAAAAUCAAGUACGACAUCGUGGGUCACAGUGGAGAAGCGGUGGAAAUCCCCUUCGUCAACAUCAACAACCCCCCGAAGGAUGACAAACGACGGCUCGAGACGAUCAAGAUGAUGCACGCCCAUUCGCAGUUCUGCUGGAGCGGAGAUCAUACGCUGGCGGCCACCAGGAAUGCGGUGGAUGCCAUCGCCAAGGAGGACUGUGACGAGGCCAUCGUGGUAGUGCUGAGCGAUGCUAACCUUUCACGGUACGGAAUUUCCCCAAGAAACCUUAACGAUAUGCUCCAGAAACAAUCCCCGAAGGUACAAGCGUACUGUGUGUUCAUCGGAAGUUUGGGCGAUGAGGCACAAAUAAUUGCGGAAAAUAUGACUGCCGGGAAGAGUUUCGUAUGUAUGAACCUGGAACAGCUACCUCAGAUAUUGAAGCAGAUCUUUGCUGCUUCCGUGUUACAGUAAGCUCGAAAACAUUAGAAAUUGUUAAGGAGAUUUUUAUU